AUGGAAAUUCAGCCAACCUAUGACUGGUCACCUCAAGGCGAAUCGUUCUAUGGACCCAUGAUGUCACCUCCUGUACCACCACCGGUACCCCCACCUCCGACACCACCAAUGGAAUGGCAGCAGUACGGGUACGCAUACCGAUAUCACCACCACCAUCACCACCAUCACUGUGAGACAUGUGCACCAAAACCACCUCCGUACACUCCAAGUGGAUACAGCAGUCCGCCAAGAUACGACUAUCAGCGUCCAUUUCCUGAUUAUGGCAGGCCGCCUUAUGCGAAGGAUAACUACAAGCGUCCUCUUUCUGGCUACAGCAACCCUUAUAGAGGAGGCAAUUAUCAGCCCAGUAUUUCCGGCUAUAGCAGACCACUGAGUGUAGAAUCCGCUCACGGGUCCCACUCCUUUGGAUCGGUUAGAGAGACAAUACCUGCUCCGCCUCCUGAUCCUCCUGUUCCUCCGUUCCCUGGAUCCCAAGUCGUUGACACCGUAGGCGCUCAAAACUCAGCUCUACAAGGAACGUUCGGGAAUAGCGGUCCAGCACCUCCAGCUCCACCUUCGCCUUCUCAAAUUGGCAAUAUCGUCACAGCACCUACUGCACCAGGAUCUCCUCCCGGCCUUCCAAACAAAUUAGUGAAACCUAGAGGCAUGCCAAGCAUGAUCAUAGAUUAG